UACUGUCUAUAUAAACAACACUUAUACUGUCUAUAUAAACAAUAGUUGUUUCCUUUGUCGUAACACAAAAGAAAAUGACUUUGUUUCAAAACCUUGUUUUGUUUGUAUUUAUUUGUGCACAUGCUGGAGCAGAACUUGUCAUUGAUGCCCAGCCAGAAGUCAUAUCGCUAGAGCUGACUCCACAACUUGUGGUCAACUGUUCUAUAACAGACAGCCAUGUCCCAGGACUUGAUACCAUCAACUCUUUAUCUCUGUCACGUUAUAACGAGACUAAGAAAGAAUUUGAUGUUUUGCUCUCACUGGACACGCACACAUUGAGUCUCCAGCAACUGGUUCAAUUCAGACAUGCGCAAAUCAGUUUUGGAAAUCUGUAUGUCACUUUAACUCUUCGAAAUCCAACUCAGUCUGAUGCCAAAGUGUACAGAUGUAAUGUCAGUGGAGAUAGUUCAUUGUGGAAGAAUAUUACUCGGGUGUCUAAGAAGGAAAUAAAAUAUGAAACAAAUCUAACAGUAUUGCUCGAAGAGAUACGACGUUUGAAAGAAGAGAAAGACAGAGAUCAACUCUCUUGUAAGAAAGAAGAACUUAAUGGUCUUAACAAGAUACAUUCUAAACUUCUUUUUGUUGGAAAUUCUAAAGUUGUCAAAGAACUAUUUGAUCCCUUAACACUGACAUGCUCCAUUCAGGAUCUUAUGAAUGAUCGAAAUGAAACUUCUACAGUUCAAUCUAUUUACAUACUUCACGAGGCGAAUGGAUUUAUUGCAACCAUAUCAAAAGAUCAACCUGUUGUCACAACCAACCAAGAUGUUAACCUUCUUGCAGUUAAAGGCAAACUCCACGACGAUUCAUCUAAAAACUCCAAUCUUCAAGUCACAUGGACCAAUCCAAAAUUUUCAGAAUCUGGGAAAUACUUCUGUGGAGCUCAUAUCAAUAAUGCACAAGGAAGAAAUGAACAUUGGAAUGAAAUGUUAACAAUUACUGUUGAAAGGCUACAAUUUGAUGAUAUAGUGAAAGUCAUGUAUGAUAUACAAAGACAAGUAGAUGAAGACAAGAAAAGGCUACAAACUUUUCAUGAAAAUCUUACAAACAAUUUCAUAAUUUAAAACACAAAUCUACAAAGUAUUGAAAACGUGAGAAGGGAUGUAACAACUAAUCAAGAAAGCAUCAAUGGCAUUAAAGAUGAAUUACUCAGCAAUAAACAAAAUAUAGUGAACAAUAAGAAAGAAGAACACACUACGCGAGCAAACAUUAGUGGCAUUCAGGAAGAAUUACUUAGGAAUCAACAAAAUAUAGUGAACAAUAAGAAAGAUAUAAAUACUACGCAAGACAGCAUUAGAGACAUUCAGGAAGAAUUACUUAGGAAUCAACAAAAUAUAGAGAACGUGAAAGAAGAGUUACAAUCAAAGCAAGAUAGCAUGAAAAGUAUUCAAGAUGAAUUACUCAGCAAUCUACAUAAUACGAAUAUAUCCUCUAUAUGGACGGUUUUAUCAAAUGUUUCAACUGCUGUAAUGGACAUGAAGGAUGACAUUGACAAAGGAAAGACAGAUAUCAAACAAAUAAAAUCUUUAAUAACCAAGCUUCACCAUAGGUCUUGUCGUGACGUCAACAGCACAGACGAUCGAGUGGUCGUAACCUUAGCAUCCGGGUUAAAGGUCAUGUGUGACACCAAGACAGACGGUGGUGGAUGGAUCAUCUUUCAGAGAAGAAUCAACGGAAAUGUAGAUUUCUAUAGAGGCUGGAAGGAGUAUCGUGACGGCUUUGGAGAUUACAACAUUGGUGAAUUUUAUCUGGGAAAUGAAAAUAUUUAUAUGUUAACAUCUACUGGGCAGUAUAAUUUAAGAAUUGAUUUGAAAUAUGAGAACAAGGCAUUUUUCGCGCAAUAUUCAAGUUUUAAAAUAUUGAGUGAAAAAGAGAAAUAUAAAUUAAACAUAGGAGUCUAUUCAGGAAAUGCUGGUGAUAGUUUUUCAAGGCACAAUAACUCAUUCUUUAGCACUUUCGAUAGAGAUAACGACGAGCAUAGUUCUAACUGUGCAGUGUCAUACACAGGAGCCUGGUGGUACCACAGUCCAUGCCAUAGCUGUAACUUAAACGGUAAAUGGGGAAGUUCCGUUCAUGGCAAAGGUGUUAUCUGGUAUAAGUUAAGUAGGUUUGAUUCAAGUGUUUCCUUUACCGAGAUGAAAAUAAGAGAAAUAUUAUAAGAUUAGAAGCGUACUUGAUAUGUCUCAAAAGUUAUAUUUUAUAUUUUCUUCUCAAUGCUCGAGGACACAUAGUAGGCUAGUCUAAAUUUUGCCUUUUUUUUUAGUUCAAAGCCAAUUUAAAAAAAUAAAUAAGUAUGACAUUAAAUAUUGAAGUGAUAUUAAACGAAUCCCCUACACGU